AUUUUUUUUUAAUAAAACAAAAAAAACAUAGAAAACACACAAAAUAAACAUAUAAAUAUAGCAGAAAAUGCUUAAUUUCAAUAACGAAAAACGAGUCAAAAGAGAAGAAAAAUACAAAAAUUCGAAUUUCCGUAUAUCAUCAGCAAGUGGUUUCAAAAAAAAGCCAUUAACCCGUUUAGAGAGUGAUUUUUAAAUGUACAAAGAGAUAUUUGUAGCCCCAAAAGAGCAAAAAUUAGAAGAUUUAAAAGAAAAAGAAAAAAAUUUCGAAAAUUUAUUCCAUGAAGAUCGGGCAAAACAAUACGAUAAAAUCCUUCAUAUAUUUAAUGAAGAGAAAUAAAAAAUGACUCAAACUCUUAAAAACGAAGCCGUAAAACAUGUUUAAGAAAACCUCGAAAUACUCGAAUAAAUUUUGCAACUGGAUCAAACGCAUCCAAAAGAGGAAUAUUUUUUCGACUAGCAAAUACAAGUCCAACCCCCAGACUUCCCGAACGCUACCGUAGCCUCCCCCUUAACCCCAGGAAACGGUUACGCCCCUUCAAUUCCUCUAACUUAGAAUUUUAAACAGAAUAAAAUGAGUAUAAAAGACCUCUUAGUACGUGCUAAAGCAGGCAUGUAAGCUGGAGAUAUCCAAAAAGAAGCGCAUUUAAGCUUUUAUUUAGGUAUGGUAUACGAGAAUAAUAAAUAAUACUAAGAAUCAAUCCGUUUUUAUAAAUAAUUUUUUACUUGUGCAAGAAUGAUGGAGGAUAAAAUCGGGCUUUCAUUAGGUGCAAACAGGAUCGCAGUGAAUUAUUUCAACGCAAAAAAUUACGAGAAGUCAAUUGAAUAUCAUUAAUAAAAUUUGGAACUUUCUGAUUAAGAAAAUACAUUCGCAGCACAUUACAAUAUGGGAAUUACUUUCAGGAAAAUCGGCUGUUUUGAAGAAUCUGUUGAAAAUCUUAAUAAUGCACUUUUAUGGGCUAAAUAAAAAUAAGAAUUGGAAAGUGAAUGCUUAGCUUAUGGAUAAUUAGGAGUGACUUUUAUUUAGAAUAAUUAAUACGAGCAAGCGCAUUAGAAUUUCGGAAAAUGUCAAGAAUUAGCUAAAAAAAUAAAAAAUUAAAAACUUUAAUUAGAUUGUCUUCUACACAUUACAAAAAUUAUGUCAUAAAUAAAUUUUUAGAGUUCAAAUACGAAUAUUUAAAUUUUAAAAGAUGCCGUAGAGUGUGCUUAUGGACUUGAUGAUAAAAAAACUGCGAGUCUUUGCUUUUGUAAUUUGGGGAUUUUGGAAGGAAAUUUGGCAUAUAUUCAAAGUAGUGAGGAAGCUAAUAAGUUCGAGAAUGAAAUUGAAGAUGUUUAAGGAGAUUGGUGA